AACAAAACAGAAAAAUCAUCGUCCUCUGUUCCGUCGUCGUCGCGCAUCAGCUUCAGUUGUACGCUUCAAAAAGUUCAAAAAAACGCCUCGCGGAACCGUGUUUGCCCUUCAAAUUAAUCCGCUUGUAAUUUAUCAAAAGACAAUGAUCAACAGCACUGCCGAGCUCGCGGGGAACAUUGCGAACCUGUGCCGCAUCUGUUCCGCGCCCGGAUCGCACACAAUCUACGCCAAAAUUCCGCCCUACCUGCAUGAACACCCCCGCGAGUGUCCCCGCUGGACGAUGCCCAUCAGCCGGCUGCUGACCGAGGUGACCGGCCUAGAUUCGAGCGAGGCGGACGGCCUGCCGCAGAAGAUUUGUGUCGUGUGCAUUUCCUACCUCAAGCACGCGUACACCUUCCGGCGGCAGGCCAUCGACAAUGUGGCCGCACUGCUGGCCGCCCGGUAUCUGGUCACACGACAGACGAACGACGGUUCCGCCAAAAAGGACCUGGACGAUCCGAUCGAACCGGUUGUGAUAAAGCCGGCGGUGAUACGACCGGAAAUGAACGACGUUUGCCAGCGGAUGAUGACGGCGGGGCCGGAUGGGCGGGCGGUGCCCUUUCAGAAGAACCUGGACAAGCAGCAGCUGAUGCAGGCGCUGUUGCUCAAUGGGAAUGGGCGGACGCAGCAGCAGCAGCGAAGCAAGAAACAGAACAAUUUAGACGAGGAACGGCGCCAGAUGGACGAAGCGGAACGGAGUCGACUUCAAGCCACACCCCCAAACGCAGUUCCGGCCUCCAACACCACCCCCACUGGUGGCUUGAGCGGCUUCCUCAACUACCGCGAGAAGGCCUUCGAAGAGGACGAUGUGAUGGAGCUGGAGGUGCUCAAAGAGCACAACAUCUCGUUCAACCUGCCGGAAGAUUUCAAAGAGAAAAAAUGCCCCUCCUGCCGGAAGCGGUUCAUGUUUGACGAUUCGCUGGAGGAACACCUGAAGGAGUGUUUGCAGUUCCGGCUGGUCAAGUUUAUCCGGGAGGUUUAUCAUCUGCUGUUUUUGAAGGAGAACCGAUCGAUUUCGCCGUUUGAGUUUAUUCGGCGGGCGGUGUUUUCGAUCAGGAGGAGCGUCGAGGUCAUUGCGAGUUACGAUGGGGACGUUGUGGAUGAGGAAGAGGAAGUCGUUGAGGAGGGCGGGGGCGAGGAGGAGCUCAAGAUCGAUCGGUCUUUCAUUAGGAAUUUGGAAAAACUACGGGUUAAUUACAACCGGGAAGGGGUGAAGAUUCCUUCACCGUUCCCGGCGGGACCAACGCUGGACGAUGGGCGCAGCUCAAUCACAUCUACCUCGAUCUCCCCGGUCGUCGUCCCGGGAGUCACCCGUUGCGACGAGUGCAACGUCACGUUCGAAACGCUCACCGAACUCGAAACGCACAACAUCAACUACCAUCGAGAACUGCCAGCGCCCCCUUCCGCGCUACCCGAAGUGGACAACGUGGCCAUGCUGAACAAUUUCCACGCAAUCGCAACAUUCCUGCAGCAACCAGCAAACAUUCCACCACUCUCCUCCGUGCCCCGUCCGGACGUGGCCCUGGUGCGGAACCGGCUCGCAGCGCGAACGCCCGACUCCGUCCAGAGCAACACCUCGGAGGACAGCAGCAACGGGCAACGGUUGAAAAAGGUGCGCUGCCGAAACUGCCGCAGCCGGUUCUCGAUGAUUUCGCAGCUGGACGAGCACAUGGUGCGCUGUAAGAAGUCACCCCGCGGAUUCUCGCCCCAGCAGAAUCAGAGUCGCCAGGGUCCGCGACCGCGGCCACACUCGGCCGGAGCGGGUCGCGGAAGGGGAUACAGCCCGAACGCGUUUGAUCGCACCGGCGGCGGCGGCGUCGUUGGGAGGAAUCUCAACGCAAGCUACUUUUACUACAUGGAACAGCUCAAGGAUCAGAAGUGACUGCGCUGAUAAGUUUUAACUUUGCCAAGACUGCGUUUAUUUUGUACGUAAUUUUACGUAACUAUUUUUAAUGUAUAUUAUGUGUAACCAAACCCCCACGUUUGUUUGUGAUGAGUUCAUUUUAUAGUGAUUCGUUAGUAAAUUAUCAGUCUGCUAAAUGGUAUUUCUCAACCGCAAUAUACUCUCAGCUCUACAACGAAUACUGUGAAAAAUACAAAGACAAUUUGUAGCUAUUC